AUGAAAAGUGCAAUAAGGGACAUUCGUGGUGGAGCAAAGUUGAGGCCGACAGCUGCUUUGUAUGGUAUUCCUGUUAUGACAUUAUCUGAUUACUCAAAAAGGGACAGCUAUGAUCUUUCAUUUCGCAUGGGAAGAAAACCCGUUUUCUCUCGUGAACAGGAGACAGAAAUUAGAGAUCAAAUAUUACUUCUGGCAAGUAUGUUUUAUGGAUUGACGCCACAAUCAUUGAAAGCAGCAGUUUUUACAUAUGCGGAGUCUAACAAAAUUAAAAAUCCUUUCAAUAAAGAUAAAAAAGAAGCUGGUAAAGACUGGAUGUAUGGGUUUUUAAAAAGGAAUCCUGAAAUAAGCAUCAGACGCCCGGAACCUACCAGCGUAAAUAGAAUUCUUGCCUUUAAUGCCACAGAGGUACAGAUAUUCUUUGAUAAUCUGUCAUCAACAUACGACAAAUAUAGAUUUCGUCCUCGUAGAAUAUUUAAUGUUGAUGAAACAGGCAUCAACGCUGUUCACAAACCAGGUAAAAUACUUGCUCCUAAAGGGAUUAAGCAAGUAGGAUCUGCCACAAGUUGGGAGCGUGGGAAGAAUAUUACUAUUUGUUGCUGCAUUAGCGCAAAGGGCCAGUAUGUUCCACCACUUAUUAUAUAUCCUCGGUUGAGAAUGCAUCCGUCACUAGAGCAAGGAGGUCCAAACGGUUCAAGUUAUAGAUGUAAUAAGUCAGGGUGGAUGACUGAAGAAUUGUUCUUUGCAUGGCUAGUGCAUUUUGCGGAACAUACAAAACCCUCAUUGGAAGACCCGGUAUUAUAG